CUGGAGCAUGCGGUACAACAUCGAAAGAAUAAGUAUUCACUGCUUCACAAAAACGGCGGGAACCCACUCAUGUGCAGCUGCUACGGUUCAAUCAUGAGAACAGUCGUGUAUUUCUCCUCCUUUACAAGCAGGACCAUGAGAUUGAUCAUUUUUAAUCAGCUGGUAUUGGUCAUCGCACUGUGCAGCCUGUUGUAUCCAGGGAACAGCCACAUGCCUGUUGCACUUGCUUUUGAUAUUUCUCCGAGAUUGUCUACCCCUCGCCACAGAAUAACGGCAACAGAAGCCUCUACAAAAAGUUCCGUGCCUUAUCGAACAGCAACAGCAGCAGAAAAAACGAUUGGAUGCAAGGAGGCCCAUACGAUUCGAAACACUGAACGUUCGCAUUCUUGUAAGUACGAUCUAGGGCUGGGAAAGAAUGCUCCCGUCGUAUCAAAAACACUCAGUCGUGAUCAACAAGGGUUGCCAAACAGCAUCACCGAUGUUGGCGUUAAUGGGAAUCCUAGUAGCUACGAAGUGACUCGGUUCCUCGUGGAGCAUGAAGCGACUAGGUCAUACCCCGCACCCCGCACCACAGAUGAUCAUGGUUUAUCGCUAGUGUCACAACAAAAAAAGAAUCACGCUGUGAUAGGCAAGACUGCCCCGAAACUAGAAAUAUCCACAACGAUACCCAAAGAAAGGAAUGCAUCCCAACACCAUCUUAUCGAUUCCGAAGUGACAAGGAAACAAUUAUCGACGAUGAUGGAAAAUCGAAGUCGCAAAUCACCCGAAACAACGCUGGAAAAAAGGAAUUCCUGUCAUAAACAACAAAAACGCUCCAUCGCAAGGAUGCAACCCAAACCGAAGCGGUCUUUGGAAGAUUGCUUGACGAUACUGGAUCACGAAGUGACAGCAUCGAAAAGCUCUGUUCCUGCUACUAUGAAUAGCACGAUUGUCUCGCUUCCCAAUACUCCCCAGCUGGACAUGAACAGUAUCUGGGUAGAAAUGCUAUUGCACAACCAGAUGGCAUUGGCUCAUCAAAGCAACAACUAGUUCUAGGUUGGGAAACCGCUAUUUUUCAACACUAAAUAAUGAUUACUGGUAGUAUUAAUUUCUAGCACUGACAUCAUUUCUCAUAAUAUUAUUGUAGGAACAAGAUGUGGUGGACCAGGUUUUGAAUGGAAUCUUGGGAUAAAGAAACGCUUGCGUA